AUGCGAAUUGCCCGCGAAAAGCGAACGCGCGCGCACUCGCUCGCGCCGAAGGGGUUUGGAGAGGGGGUUAUGGGGGGGAGAGGGAGCGAGCGCGAUCAGAUUCAAAAACACGUCCGCACCGCGUGCGAGAUGGCGCGCGACUGCCGUCCGACGGUGGGGCGGGAGAGUCGCGUCGCCCGCCGCCGCCGACGUAGAGCCGCCGACUUACCCGCAGGUUAUCGUCACAGUCCGUCCGCAGAUAGUGAUGUCAAAAGUGGAUCGGCC